GCCGCGAGGGCAGCGCGAGCCCCGGAGCCCCGGCGGCCUGUGCGCCCCGAGCCGGCAUGGACCCCGAGCGCUGCGCGCCUUUCGGUGUGGGGCCCGGCCCCGGCCCCUACGCGGCCACGGGGGACGAGCCUCCGGGCCCCCAGGCGACCCCCGCUGGCGCGCCUCACCUGCACCCUGUGCCGCCCCGCGGACCGCGGCUGACCCGCUUUCCGGCCUGCGGGCCCCUGGAGCCCUACCUCCCAGAGCCGGCCAAGCCGCCCGCCAAGUAUCUACAGGACCUCGGGCCCGGCUCGGGGCUCAACGGCAGCCACUUCUACGAGGGCCCCGCGGAAGCUGAGGAGAAGGCCUCCAAAGCUGCCAGCUUCCCUCAGCUACCCUUGGAUUGCCGAGGGGGCCCUAGAGACGGGUCCUCUAACUUGCAAAGCUCCCCAGGUCCCUGCCUCGCCAGCCUACGUGUCCCUCUGUCCCCGGGACUCCCUGACUCCAUGGAGUUGGCCAAGAACAAGAGCAAGAAGCGCCGUAACCGCACAACCUUCAGCACAUUCCAGCUGGAAGAGCUGGAGAAAGUUUUCCAGAAAACCCACUACCCUGAUGUGUAUGCUCGGGAGCAGCUGGCUCUACGCACAGACCUCACGGAGGCCCGGGUACAGGUCUGGUUCCAAAACCGCAGAGCCAAGUGGCGGAAGCGUGAGCGUUAUGGGAAGAUCCAGGAGGGACGGAACCCCUUCACAUCUGCCUAUGACAUCUCUGUGCUGCCCCGAACAGACAGCCACCCCCAGCUGCAGAACUCCUUGUGGCCCAGUCCAGGGUCUGGGAGCCCGGUGGGCCCCUGCCUAAUGUCAUCGGAGGGCAUCCCUUCCCCGUGCAUGUCUCCAUACUCCCACACUCAUGGGAAUGUGACUGGCUUCAUGGGGGUGUCAGCCUCCCCUGGAGCCCACCCUGGCAUCUACUCCAUCCAUGGCUUUUCCCCUGCCCUAGAGGGCCACAGCUUUGAGCCUUCCCCCGAUGUUGACUGUAAGUCCCCAAGCCUCAUCUCACUCAGGGUAAAGCCCAAGGAGCCGCCCAGCCUGCUGAACUGGACCACGUGAUCAGUUGUAUGAAAGUGCAGACUAAGCUUUCCACCCCCUUUUCUGUUCCCAGGUGCUCCCACCCCACCCCAACCUGGAUGCCAGAGAGGACACCCCUCUGCCUCCAAGCCCCAAAAUGACUCCUGGAGGCCUGGGCAGAGCUGGGACCCUCAGUCAACGCAGGGAAAAAGCUAGCAUGUUUUCUCUUAAAAUAAUGUGGGGCUUCCCAGGAGAAAGGGGGCUUCAAGGCAGGCAGGACUUUUCCUACCACACACUGAGCCCCUCACCUAAAUUCUGGGCCAGAGGAAGUCACCGCCCUGCUUCCUUCUGACUUCAUCCAAGUUUAACUGUAAUCCCUCCAGCUGAAAUGGCUUAACUGGCUCCUCAUUCAGGGAACCCAGGAAAAAUGGGAGGAGAACACAAGUUCAACAAAGAGGUGCUCCCUGUGACUGACCAGUCUUGAAUGACCACCCAGGGCUGGCCUUACUUCCCCCUCCCACCACCAGGGGGCGUGCACCCAGUGUCUGGCGCUUCCAAGGGCCCCGAAGCUGGAGGUCUGUGUGAAGUGCCCCAGUCUCCCUACUCCGGCCAACCCUUACUCCUUGCCCUGUGACCCUUACCCCAACAUACUUGGAGUCCUCCUUACCCUCCAAGGGGGCAGAAAUUCCACCAGAAACCACCAAAUAUUUGGAUUCUCUUCCAUGGGAUCAGGCCAAAGCUAUGCCAUGGAAACUGUAGGCUCUCUUGGUUUAUUCAUUAG